GGAUCAGCCGUCUCCUCGCGCCCUUCCUACAAGGCGUCUCUCUGAUGGCUACGAACAAGCGGCGUGGAUAACUGGAGCAGGAUCUGUCGCACGUCAGAAGCAAGUGUUCCAUGACUUCCUCAAAAGAAACCGACACACGAUGUUCCAAGACGCCGCGGUCGCCCUUCAGAAUCAUCUGAAGGGCGCCGUUGAAGCCGUGGGCGAGAGGCUCGAUGAAGCGCUGGAAGGAGUUGCGAGGAAGGUCGAAGUGCAGAUGAGUGUGCUUUGGGAGUGCGCCUCGGAAAGCGAGGAGAACGUCAGGGCGCGAAUGUCUGCCCUGGCAACGCUCCGUGAGCACAAGACAAGGGUCGAGCACUGGAUCCGGGCCAGGAAGGAGCGCAACAGUGACUCUGGCUGAGCAUGGCACCCGUACCCCAGGUCGUCCGUUGUUGGUGAUUGAUGUAGUCUUGGUGUAUCUAUCUAGAUGAUGGGUCGGAUGUUGUACGGAUCUG